ACGGAACUCUCAGAGUGAACACCCUGGGGCAAGAUGGCGGUCGGGCCUCGGCAGCUGCGCCGGGUCUGGCAGAGCUCGGGGGUAUUGGGCUGAGGCGGUGGUAACUGCGGCCCCGAUCCCGAGCGCCGGGGCCUCGAGCGGAUAAAGGUCUACGGCCUAGAAGAUAAGCUCCUCUGAAGUGAGAAGCCGCCCUCAGCUGUGAGUCCUGUGUAAGAUCACUAAUGAUUACCUGACAUUUCUGCGUUACCGGCAGGUCCUCAGGUGAGAAGACUCUUUCUAUUGCCUGUCUUCUCAUGCUCCCUCCUGGGAUCAGGUGAAAGUUUCGAGAUCGAAUUACAGGGUUUGUGCAAGUUUGCAAACAUGUUCACCGUUUCUCAGACCUCGAGAGCUUGGUUCAUUGACAGAGCCCGUCAGGCUCGAGAGGAAAGGCUGGUGCAGAAGGAGCGAGAACGGGCAGCCGUGGAGAUUCAGGCCCACGUGCGGAGCUUCCUCUGUCGGCGUCGACUGCAGAGAGAAAUCAGGAGAGAGAUUGAUGAGUUUUUUAAAGCAGAAGACUCUGGGUCCAGUAAAAGAAGUGCACUUUGUAUUUUUAAGAUUGCCAGGAAACUGCUGUUCUUGUUCAGAAUUAAAGAGGAUAACGAGAGAUUUGAGAAGUUGUGUCGCUGCAUCCUGAGCAGCAUGGAAGCUGAGAAUGAACCCAAGGUGUGGUAUGUGUCCCUGGCUCUUUCCAAGGAUCUCACUCUCCUAUGGAUUAAACAGAUCAAAGACAUCCUGUGGUAUUGCUGUGAGUUUCUUGAGCAGCUCAAGCCGGAAAUUUUACAAGACUCCAAACUCAUCACCCUGUACCUCACGAUGCUUGUCACCUUCACGGACACGUCAACGUGGAAAAUUCUCCGGGGAAAAGGUGAGAGUCUUCGACCAGCCAUGAACCACAUUUGUGCAAACAUAAUGGGCCAUCUCAACCAGCGUGGGUUUUACUCUGUCCUGCAGAUCCUGCUAACCCGUGGCCUAGCGAGACCCCGGCCUUGUCUGUCCAAAGGCACUUUAACGGCUGCCUUUUCCUUAGCGAUGCGCCCCGUGCUUGCCGCACAAUUUUCAGACAAUCUGAUCCGGCCAUUCCUCAUCCACAUCGUGUCCGUGCCCGCCCUGGUGACUCAUCUCAGCACCGUGACCCCUGAGCGCCUCACUGUUUUAGAAUCUCAUGACAUGCUCCGUAAAUUCAUCGCAUUUUUAAGAGAGGAAGAUCGAUGCCAUGAUGUGUGUGAAAGCUUGGAAGGAUGCCAUACGCUUUGUCUCAUGGGCAACCUCCUGCACUUGGGCUCCCUCAGCCCCAGGGUGUUGGAGGAGGAGACGGACGGCUUCGUGAGCCUGCUGACCCAGAUGCUCUGCUACUGUCAGAAGUACGUGUCCCAGAAGAAGUCCAACCUGACCCACUGGCACCCCGUCCUCGGCUGGUUCUCCCAGUCCGUGGACUACGGGCUCAAUGAGUCCAUGCCCUUGAUCACCAAGCAGCUGCAGUUCCUGUGGGGGGUCCCUCUCAUCCGGGUCUUCUUCAGCGACAUCCUGAGCAAGAAGCUGCUGGAGAACCCGGAGCCGGCCCACGCGCCGCCGGCCUCCCCGCAGAGCGUGCUGCCCGUGAAGACUCUCCUGAAGCGUGCAUUUCAGAAGUCAGCGUCAGUUCGCAACAUCCUCAGGCCCGUCGGGGGUAAACGUGUGGACUCUGCGGAGGUCCAGAAGGUCUGCAGGAUCUGCGUCCUCUACCAGACCUCGCUGACGACUCUCACGCAGAUCCGGCUGCAGAUCCUCACAGGUCUCACUUACCUCGAUGACCUGCUGCCCAAACUGUGGGCAUUUAUCUGUGAACUGGGGCCCCAUGGAGGGCUGAAGCUCUUCUUGGAGUGCCUCAACAAUGACACGGAGGAGUCUAAGCAGCUUCUGGCCAUGCUAAUGCUGUUCUGUGACUGUUCCCGGCACCUCAUCACGAUCCUCGAUGACAUUGAAGUUUAUGAAGAACAGAUUUCAUUCAAACUGGAAGAGCUGGUCACCAUCUCCUCUUUUUUGAACUCCUUUGUGUUUAAGAUGAUCUGGGAUGGAAUCGUAGAGAAUGCCAAGGGUGAGACCUUGGAGUUGUUCCAGUCUGUCCACGGGUGGCUGAUGGUGCUCUACGAGCGGGACUGCCGGCGGCGCUUCGCCCCCGAGGACCACUGGCUGCGAAAGGAUCUCAAGCCCAGCGUGCUCUUCCAGGAACUUGACAAGGACAGAAAGCGGGCACAGCUGAUCCUGCAGUACAUCCCACACGUCAUUCCUCACAAAAACAGAGUUCUUCUGUUCCGAAACAUGGUGACCAAGGAGAAGGAGAAACUGGGGCUUGUGGAAACCAGCUCAGCCUCCCCUCAUGUCACCCACAUCACCAUCCGCCGGUCCCGGAUGCUGGAGGACGGCUAUGAGCAGCUCCGGCAGCUCUCACAGCACGCCAUGAAGGGCGUCAUCCGAGUCAAGUUUGUCAACGACCUCGGGGUGGACGAGGCCGGGAUUGACCAAGACGGUGUUUUCAAGGAGUUCUUGGAAGAGAUCAUCAAGAGAGUGUUCGACCCAGCGCUCAAUCUGUUCAAGACGACCAGUGGAGACGAGAGACUCUACCCUUCGCCCACGUCCUACAUCCAUGAGAAUUACCUGCAGCUCUUUGAAUUUGUGGGCAAGAUGCUGGGGAAGGCGGUGUACGAGGGAAUCGUGGUCGACGUGCCCUUCGCGUCCUUCUUCCUGAGCCAGCUGCUUGGGCACCACCACAGCGUCUUCUACAGCUCUGUGGAUGAGCUGCCCUCUUUGGACUCAGAGUUCUACAAAAACCUCACAUCCAUCAAGCGGUACGACGGGGACAUCGCUGACUUGGGCCUGACACUGUCAUAUGACGAGGAUGUCAUGGGUCAGCUUGUUUGCCAUGAACUGGUUCCUGGAGGGAAGACCAUUCCUGUUACAAAUGAAAAUAAAAUUAGCUACAUCCAUCUGAUGGCCCACUUUCGAAUGCACACGCAAAUCAAGAACCAGACAGCUGCCCUCAUUAGUGGCUUCCGUUCCAUCAUCAAGCCUGAGUGGAUCCGGAUGUUCUCGACCCCUGAGCUGCAGCGACUCAUCUCUGGGGACAACGCCGAGAUCGAUCUGGAAGAUCUGAAGAAGCACACGGUGUACUACGGAGGUUUCCAUGGGAGCCACAGGGUCAUCAUCUGGCUCUGGGAUAUCCUGGCCUCUGACUUCACGCCUGACGAAAGAGCCAUGUUUCUGAAGUUUGUGACCAGCUGUUCCCGGCCCCCGCUCCUGGGAUUCGCCUACCUCAAGCCUCCUUUCUCCAUCCGCUGUGUCGAAGUGUCGGAUGAUCAGGACACAGGGGAUACCUUGGGCAGCGUCCUCCGGGGCUUCUUCACCAUCCGCAAGCGGGAGCCAGGCGGCCGCCUGCCCACCUCCUCCACCUGCUUCAACCUGCUCAAGCUGCCCAACUACAGCAAGAAGAGUGUCCUGCGGGAGAAGCUACGCUACGCCAUCAGCAUGAACACGGGCUUCGAGCUCUCCUAGCCCCCGCCGUGCCGACUCGAGGCUCCCAGGCAGCCUCGGCCCUUCUCUAUAGCCAUGAGAUGCCCCUCUGGCCUCAAGAACUUGGAUUCACGUGAGGACGCGACCCAGCGCUCUCCAGGUGACACUAACGGGAAGCGGGUGUUGGAAAUAAACCUCCAGAUUCGGCCAUCAUCGGUCCCUCUUUCCCGCUUUCCAGGGGCCUCACGCCCGGGCCUGUGACCGCAGCCGGGCUUCUCUUUUUGAUAGUCUGGUCUUUUCAUGAGUGUUUCUGGUCCUUAACUUCCUGAGCGAGCCGUGCAUGAACAAGUCCCAGGAACCCCCAGGCUCCAGAGUGGUUUUCAGGGCAUGGGCCUGAACCCACCAAGCCGACCAGGCGGGAGAUGCUUCCCUUCUGUUUCUGAAAAUUCUCUACUCAGGUAAGGCCUCUCCAGCCUCUCUGCACCCGGCAGUCCCGACCUCCGGCCCUUCCGCAGCGGCCUCUCUGCAGCCAGCCAGGCCCGCCAGCUCCCAGGGCAGCAGAAGCACCUGCCGGGGAGACCGUGGGGCACCGGAGGCUCGGGGUGCUGUUCCCACCUGGGAGCCCCGUGUUCCCGCAGCAGCAGUCCCCUGCCCACUGUCCCCUCGGGGGCUCCCGAGUCCUCAGCGGCCCACUCCCGUCUUGGGCACUUACGUCGGCAUCCUGAGCUUGGGAGAGAAAACCCGUCGGCCCUUAAGAGCAGCUGCUUCCAGUGGGCGCUGGCUGCUUGUCCGGCCACCCUUACAGUCCAGUGAGGGACAAACACCAGCUGAAGGUCCCUGGCCCGUCUGGCAGUGGCUUCACUCCGUAGAUGGUAGAAGUCCUCAAAACGUGGGUCUUGUUCCCCGUCCUUCCUCAGCACCAGGAGCCCGGGAGCCCUUGACGCUGACGGGGGCUCACGAGGCCGAGGAAAGGUGAGGGCACUCCAGGUUGGUGUUUGGUGUUUCGCUUCGUUUGCUCCUCCAACCCAUUGCACUCAUCUGCCUUCACCUUUGUCACGAGAACUUUGCUCCAGAUCCAGGGAAUCGAGGCAGAAGCCAUGUUAGUGUCUGUCUGGACAGCCAUGCACCCUCGCCCACCUCACCGCCUGUCCCGGCCACCCAGACUGAAGCCAGAUGAGAGGUCAGGAGCGCCCGGUCCCUUGGCCCUGCGGAGCCAGUGGAGGGCAUGCCACAUAACUCUCCUCCAAGCAGAGAAAAAAAAACCCUUCCAGAAAGAACCUUCAUGUUGGCGGCAAAGCAGGCAGGACCUAUCUCCGUGGCCUCUGGCAGGGGGUCUCAGCUGGGUACCGGCGUCCUGCCCAGGCCCAGGCUUUUAAAAAACAGAGCAUGUGUUUUACCCUGACAGCAAGGAAUCUAAGGACAGACAGGAAUUUAUUAUUUAAGAUAUGUUAGUAACCUCAGAUUCUGUGGACUUGCCACUGUCUAAACACUCAGUUCCUUUGAAAAUCUCUUCUAAAUAUAUGUGUUGUGCUCUGGGCAGGUGGGUACAUUUAUGCUGGUGGCUGAAGGAUUGUCAGCCUACAUGAAGAGGUUUGAUGUGUGUUCCCUAGGAGUCGGCCAGGGUGGGAUCACAGAAAGUGGUUUCUAUGCAUCAACGUCAGCUUCGCCCUUUUGAUGAAGAGGGGUAGUUUGUAAUUUCAUUUAAUUUCCGGCUGGCAGUAUUGCACUAAUGAAGCCCUGAAUCUGUACUUUUCUAGCUGGUGUUCACAGACACCAUGAUGGCUCUUGAUGGCUCUAAAAAGUUGUGGGGGGUGGGGUGGGGUUGUUUUCAUAGAUAACUUAUGGAUUAAAACAUGAUCAAAGACUUUAUUAAAUUUGUAUUUCAGCA